GUCAUAGAAGUCGGUUAAAUUUUGAUAAUAAGACCGACAUUUUCGAAAACUUUUAAAUCUGACCAUGAACAAACCUUAGAGGAUAAGCCGUGAUAAAAACUACAUUCUUUAUCAAAUUCAAUGAUAUUUUGAUAAAAGUAUGGCAUAUCUAAGAGUGGCUUAAGAAAACAAGAAAAUAACUUUUGUUGACUAUGAUACACAACUCUUUCGACCAUUGUCUUGCUUAUAUAUUUUAAGUAACUAAAUUCAUUAUCAGCAUCAGCAGAAAAUUAGAUUUAAAUUAAGGAACGGGUAUCUCAUAGCCGGACACUUGAAUAUAACUAAUCGUCGUUUGAAGCACUUACACCACACAUUGGUUUAUCAAAAUGUUCUCAAAAGUCCAAGCCAUUUUUGAUCGGCCUCCUGCAGAUCCUGUUGCUAAGAAUUUUCCAUUUCUUGGAUCUUCGUGGACUGUCACUUUCCUAAUUCUUGGCUACCUUUUUUUUGUGCUGAAUUAUGGGAAAAAAUUUAUGGAAAACCGUCAACCGUACGAUAUCAGGAAGAUAAUUAUCAUAUACAAUUUCUUCCAAGUUGUCUACAAUGGAACUCUGUUUGGAAUUAUGUUUUAUUAUUUUUUCAUCGAUCGAGUGUAUCCCUUGGAUUGCUUGGCAACUCUGCCCAUGGAUGAUCCCAAAAAGAAUAUCGAACGCGUGAUAUCCUACAUAUACUUUAUCAAUAAGAUAAUAGAUCUACUGGAUACCAUCUUUUUUGUGCUACGGAAGAGCUACAAACAGAUCACAUUUCUUCAUGUCUAUCACCAUGCGUUUAUGGUAUUUGCCAUAUAUUGGGUGGUUCGAUUCAACGGCUUUGGUGGACAAUUCUUUACAAUGGCACUGGCAAACACAUUUGUUCACAUUGUUAUGUACUUCUACUACAUGAUCUCGGCUAUUUACACAGGGAUAAAAAGAAGCUUGUGGUGGAAAAAGUAUAUAACUAAAAUUCAAAUAAUUCAGUUUGUAUCUGUGAGUUUACAUUCAGUCUAUAUACUUGUUUUUAAUCCAAAGUGCGAAUUCCCUGUCGCAUUGCAUUUCCUGAUCCUGGCUCAGUGUGUUAUAUUUAUCACAAUGUUCAGUAAUUUUUAUAUGAAGACUUAUGUGAAGCCUCAGCAUCAAAAGCAACAAUAAAAAAGAAGACAAUCAAUUCAACCUAUAA